AAUCAUCAACAUCCGGGCACUUAUACAAGAUGGAGGCCAUGUGAGGGUCCCAUCCCCAUUGAUCAGGGCAUUGUUAUGUUCCACAUAAUAUCAGGAAUGUGAAUAUUUAUAUUACUUUUCAGAUGACGAAAACGUAACAGUUGGAAGCAAGCAGUAUUUGCCAUGGAGCUAAGUGAUCAGGAGCUUCGGUAUUACAAUGAGCUGUUUCAGAUGUGCGACGUUGACAGCAACCAGAAAGUGACAAGGGCUAAAGCUACAGAACUAUUUAUUGCAUCCGGAUUACAACCUGAUAUUUUACACCAGAUAACAGAGCUAUGUGGAGCUCAGAGAUUAGGUCAUUUUGGCAGAAGUCAGUUUUAUAUUGCUCUCAAACUGAUAGCUGCUGCUCAGAGUGGAUUGCCCACCAAACUGGAGAGCUUCAAUGCAGGAAAAGAAAUCCCCCUGCCAGUGUUUAACAAGCAAACUGACCAAGAGCCGAGAACUACGCCAGUUCAACAAGGAUUCAAUCAGCCAAAGUCUGAGAUUGACAAAUCUUCUGGCCAGCAGCCAGCAGGCCAGUUACCACCACCACCAAAGCACAGCAGGGGCUCAACAAGGGAGAGACCUGUGGGGCCUGGAGGGGUUAUACCUUCAACAGCAGCAGUACCACCACCAGCAGCAACAGGGGUAGAGGUGCACUCAAAUCCCGUACAAUCUCCUCAGCCAUUACAGCCACAGCCAGCUAAGCCCGAGUCCCCAAAUACCACCAAGACCCCAGUGCAGAGCCCUCCCCUAUCUCCCAACAGCCAACACAAGGCUCCACAAACCAAUGACAGCUAUAAUAAUGCUACGCAGGAUGGUGGAACACAGUUAGAGAAAGGAUGGGCUUCUUUUGAGGAUAGGAAUGAGCAGGAUCAGGAUAUACAAGGUUUGAUAUCGCAUGAUGAUGUAGACCACGGUGGCAAGCAGUGGGCUCGUUUUUCUUCUGAUGCUAGUAGUAACAAGCUGGAUUCCUCUGAUGUGAACAGCUCAGACACAGACAGUGUAGAAGAUAUAUGGAUGAUUUCUGAUGAGCAGAAGGAAUAUUAUGUCAAACAGUUCAGGACACUACAACCUGAUUUGAAUGGAGUUAUAUUAGGUGCUGUUGCAAAAGAUUUCUUCGAAAAGUCCAAGUUGCCAAAUGAUGUCCUUUCUAAGAUUUGGAGGUUAUCUGAUGUCAAUAAAGAUGGUGCUUUAUCUUUAGAGGAGUUUUGUACAGCAAUGCAUUUAGUUGUGCUGAGGAGAAAUGAAAUAGAACUGCCAGACAGUUUGCCACCUUCCCUGAUGCCAUAUACAACACUUACAGAUGAACCUUUCAACCUUGACCUUCCUCCUGGCAGUACUAUCAAGAGACCCACUCCCACAUCACCGUCACCACAGCAACCAAACCAGCAGUGGUCAACUAACUUUCCACCUGAUUCCCCUUCCUCAAGCGUAGUGUCUUCGCCAGGAGCAAAGCUUCCUACUUUUGAAUUUCGACCAAUCACAGCUGAUUCUGAUUCCAAGAUAAUACAUCCUGUUGCACUGCGGAUGUCUCCUGAUGGACACCUGGUAGAUGAUAGGGGGCGUACACAGUCAGAACCUUCACCCUAUGACCCCUCUGCUGCUGCUUCUACCGCUUCCAAUGCUGCUGCUCCCCACGAAGCGAACCAAGAAAGCUUAGUCAGCCCGACCAGGGGUCGGUCACAGACAGAAUCUUUUCUCCAUUCUCCACCACUUGAUACCAACCCCCCUUCAAAGCUUACAGGGCCCUUGCAAGGCAGACCCAGACCCACACCAAAGAAAGCUCAACCUGUUCAAGGUCAUGCCCCAGGUCCUGGAGCCCAGCCCUUACUACAGCCACCUCCCCAUCAACAACACUCAGUGGACACCUCCACAGACAGUAAACCAAAAGUUGUACGUACACUCAGUACUAGUAUACCUAAGCGUGGCCCAGUCUAUGGACAUUUCAGAAGUCAGUCCCUGGAUUAUAGAUCUUUACAAAGGGCCAAAACAGCAGAUUCUCUUGGUCCCUUGGCCCCUCCUCCAGCAGUGCCCCCUAGAGGACCAAACAAAGAAAGCCUUCCCAAAAAGCUAGUCAAUCAAAUGAGUGAGCCUGCAGUAUUGAGUGCAAUAGAAACAGAUACUCAUGUUAACCAUGUAGAAACACAAAGAAGAACAGUGUCUUUAGAUCAUCCACAAAUGGGUACAGAUGAUAUUACAGAAGAAGAGCAGGAACAUAGUGGUGGAGGUUUGAAUGCCACUGUUAAAGCAGAUAUUGGGACAAAAGUGAGAUCCUUGUCACCUCCUACAGCCAGUGCAAUCAGGGAAGAAAUGAAUCAUAAAGCCAAAAAAGCAAGAGACAAAAGAGAAAUUCAAGCUGCCAUUCGUCAACAACGGAUGAAUAACAUGCAAUUUCAGCGGCUGAAUGGAGAACUAAACCAGGAGCUGCAAGAAGUGAUGGAACAGAGGAUAGCAUUGGAAAUACAGCUAGAACACUUGCGCCCUUUCUCUAAUACCUGACAGUGCACAAAUCGACACCCGUCACACAAUUUAUUCCAAGCGUUAAGUCUACAGCAGUAUUUGUGUUUUAUGUAAAAUGUCUUUGCUCACUGCUAUACAAAUUGGGAGGCUCUGCUCCCUUGUUGCCAGUUUAAUUAAGUGAUAUCUCAGAUCUGUCUGUGGACAUUGCAGGUAGUUGAGCUGUGGUGGUUGAAUACCAAAUUAUCGUGGCAUUGUCAGCUGUUGAUUACUGCAAAUACAAAUGCUUCAUAGAGCUGCUGAUCCACACCAUGUCCCCUAUGAUAUUUGUCUCCAUGCCUCAGUGUUUUGAUUACAGGUGAUGUGUUUAGCUUGUUAGCUUUGUUUUUACAGUAUUUUAUCUGCUCAAAAGAAGACAUGUUGUGGUUUCUGGGAGAAAUGAGAUCUGAUGGUAGAAACUGUCACGAACUAGUCACUGACUCGAGUGCCAUCGUCAUGUCAGCCUAACAAAGAAAUAUAAUUUCUAGCUUAAAACAAUUGCUGUUUGACAGCCCUAAGUGCAAAUAACCUUGAACGGGUAUGUUGAACUCUGCAUGCCAUUCUGUGUAUCUUCUUUCAACAACUUGUAUUAGUUCAGUGUACAAUUUGUAUUAUCUCAGCAUAAUUGUCUGCACUUCAUUAUGUAUCUCAGCCUGGGAGAGCAGUGCUCUGGCUAUGACAGGCUGCUGGCUGCAGACUCGAGCCAAAUGCAUCCUUGAACAUAGACCAAAAAAUGGCCAUGCAUUUUGUUGCAAAGUUGUCUUCACAGGUUCAGUAAAAAAAGUGUUGUCAGUGUUUCCUAAAGUAGUUGUCAUGUCAAUGUGUAUUUGUUAACUUGUUUUGUUGGAAAAAGAGCAUUCUGAGCACAGAUGUGGAAUUAAGUUUAUUGGGCAGCAUGAAGAAAAGUGACCAGUAAAAGCACCUUUCUGACACAUGUAAAUGUUGUUUGUGGAAUCUGUUUCACAUAACACUGCUUCACUGUAAAUUUAUUCUUCAGACUUGAUUGUAAAUAAUCUUGUUCAACAUGAUAUUUGGCAAAAAGAUAAUAGGAUAGUGAAUUUAAAAAUGUCAAAGUGAUAUAUAUAU